CUUGAACCUCCCCGUCUGCAAGGUUGGAAUAGUGUUUUCCCCUUUCUCUAGGCAACUAAACAUUACCUAAGACUCCCGGGGACUAAAGCGAGCUUCAGGGAAUACUAUUCCUGUCACACCUCAUGUAAUUGCACCAAUGAAGUUAAUUGAGUUGCUUUUGGAGGAACUCAUGUGAAAGGCACUGGGUCUCAUGUAAAUAGGGAGGUGUCCACCCAGUGCCUCUUUGCUCCAUCCUCCAGUCUAAUUACACAGGGUCGUAGAGAAACAAACAGCUUGGCCACGCCCAGACCGCAGCCUCUGGGCAGGUCAUCCAGAUCUCGCUGACCACGUGGAAACUCUGGCCCUGCAGUCUAUUAGCACUAACAAUUAGUUCAUUUGAAAGGCCUGGACAUCAGAAGUGGCCUUCCUCCUUCUGUAAAUCCUGGGCCAGAUAAGGUGAGCGCUGUGGGCGAUGGGAUGGAUGAGGCCAAGCAGGACCAGCAUGAGGCCCGACUCAAGGAGCUGUUUGACAGUUUUGACACAACAGGCACUGGAUCCCUGGGACAGGAGGAACUCACCGAUCUUUGCCACAUGUUGAGCUUGGAGGAGGUGGCCCCGGUGCUGCAGGAGACGCUGCUUCAGGACAACGUCUUGGGCAGGGUGCAUUUUGACCAAUUUAAAGAAGCGUUAAUACUUAUCUUGUCUAGAACUCUAUCAAAUGAAGAACACUUUCAGGAACCAGCAUCUGUGGGUGUCAGCUGCCAACAAGGAGCUCGGGUGUCCAGGCCGCUCCUGAAUACUCACAAGCUGACACACUCUCUCCUGAUAAAAGACUGCUCGCUAGAAGCUCAGCCCAAAUACGUUAGAGGUGGUAAGCGUUAUGGACGAAGGUCCUUACCUGAGUUCCAAGAAUCCGUGGAGGAGUUUGCAGAGGUGACAGUGAUUGAGCCACUAGAUGAAGAAGCUCGGCCUUCACACGUCCCAGCUGGUGACCACGAUGAGCACUGGAAGACGCAGCACAGCGAGGAGUACGAAGCCGAAGGCCAGUUGAGAUUUUGGAACCCAGAUGAUUUGAAUGCCUCACCAAGUGGGUCUUCCCCUCCCCAAAACUGGAUAGAAGAGAAACUGCAGGAGGUUUGUGAAGAUUUGGGCAUCACCCGUGAUGGUCACCUGAACCGAAAGAAGUUGGUGUCCAUCUGUGAGCAGUAUGGUUUGCAGAGUGUCGAUGGAGAGAUGCUUGAGGAAGUCUUCCAUAAUCUUGAUCCUGAUGGCACAAUGAGUGUAGAAGAUUUUUUCUGUGGCUUGUUCAAAAAUGGAAAAUCCCUUCCACCAUCAGCAUCUACUCCAUAUAGACAAUUGAAAAGACACCUCUCCAUGCAGUCUUUCGAUGAGAAUGGACGACGUGCCACAACCUCAUUGGCAAUGACGAGUACCAUUGGCUUUAGAGUCUUCUCCUGCCUGGAUGAUGGGAUGGGCUAUGCGUCAGUGGAGAAAAUUCUCGACACCUGGCAGGAAGAGGGCAUUGAGAACAGCCAGGAGAUCCUGAAGGCCUUGGAUUUCAGCCUCGAUGGAAACGUCAACCUGACAGAAUUGACGCUGGCUCUUGAAAAUGAGCUUCUGAUCACCAAGAACGGCAUUCACCAGGCGGCUCUGGCCAGCUUUAAGGCUGAGAUCCGGCAUUUGCUGGAGCGAGUUGAUCAAGUGGUCAGAGAAAAAGAGAAGCUACGGUCGGAUCUGGACAAGGCUGAGAAGCUCAAGUCUCUGAUGGCCUCAGAGGUGGAUGAUCACCACGCGGCCAUAGAACGCAGGAAUGAAUACAACCUCAGGAAACUAGACGAAGAGUACAAGGAGCGUAUUGCAGCCUUAAAGAGCGAACUCCGAAAGGAGAGAGAGCAGAUCCUGCAACAGGUGGGCAAGCAGCGUCUGGAACUUGAGCAGGAAAUUGAAAAAGCAAAAACAGAAGAGAACUACAUCCGGGACCGCCUUGCUCUCUCUUUAAAGGAAAACAGUCGUCUAGAAAAUGAGCUUCUGGAAAAUGCAGAGAAGUUGGCAGAGUAUGAGACUCUGACAAACAAACUUCAGCGAAAUUUGGAAAAUGUGUUAGCAGAAAAGUUUGGCGACCUUGACCCCAGCAGUGCUGAAUUCUUUCUGCAAGAAGAAAGGCUGACGCAGAUGAGAAAUGAAUAUGAGCAGCAGUGCAGGAUAUUACAAGACCAAGUGGAUGAGCUCCAGUCUGAGCUGGAAGAAUAUCGUACACAAGGCAAAGUGUUCAGACUUCCCUUGAAGAACUCGCUGUCAGAAGAACUUGAUGUUAACAGUGGUUGCAUUGAGCCUGACCGGGGAUUUGGUUCUGAAGAGUGCAAUCCACUGAAUAUGAGCAUCGAGGCAGAGCUGGUCAUCGAACAGAUGAAAGAACAGCAUCACAGGGACUUGUCUCGCCUAAGACUGGAGCUUGAAGAUAAAGUGCGCCAUUAUGAGAAGCAGCUGGAUGAAACCAAGGUCGCCUGUGAAAAGGAGCAAGAGAGCAUGAGGCAGAAGUAUGAGAAUGAGCUGCACAUCUUAGAAAAGCAAAGAAGUGACCUUAAAAAAGAAAUUGCAGAACUUCAAGGCCAGGCAGCGGCACUCAAGGAGGCACAACAUAAAAUAACCUGCAGACACGAGGAGGAGAAAAAACAACUGCACGUGAAGUGGGAUGAGGAGAAGACUCAGCUGCAGGAGAGGCUGAGGCUGGAGCACGAGCUGGAGCUCGAGGCUCGACUGGAGCAGGCAGAGGAAAGCUUCACCCGGGAGAGGGAAGGACUCGCUCAUGACGGCGCCUGGACAGAGGAGAAGGUGAGAGACUUGACUCAGGAGCUAGAGCACUUCCACCAGGAGCAGCUGGAAAGCCUGGUGGAGAAGCACACUCUUGAGAAAGAGGAGUUGCGAAAAGAGCUCUUGGAGAAACACCAAAGAGAACUUCAAGAGGGAAGGGAAAAAGUGGAAACCGAGUGUAAUAGAAGAACCUCUCAGAUAGAAGCCCAGUUUCAGGCUGAUUGUCAGAAAGUCACAGAGAGAUGUGAGAAUGCCCUGCGAAGCCUGGAGGGGCACUACCGCCAGGAGCUGAAGGAGCUCCUGGAACAACAGCACGAGGAGAGAUCCCAGUGGGAGUUUGAGAAGGACGAACUCACCCAGGAGUGUGCAGAGGCCCAGGAGCAGCUUAAAGAGACUCUCCAGAGGGAGAAAGCAACUUCUCUGGUCCUGAGCCAGGAGAGAGAGAUGCUGGAGAAAACAUACAAAGAACAUUUGAAUAGCAUGGCUGUUGAGAGAGAACAGCUACUCAAAGACCUGGAAGAUCUAAGAAAUGCCUCUGCGAGUCAGCAAAGCCUGCUGUCCGAUCAGAUACUUGAGCUGAAGAGCAGUCAUGAAAGAGGGCUGAAGGACUGUGAGCAGGUCCUGUGCCAGGCAGGUGCCUCGGAGCAGCUGGUUGCCCAGCGGCUUGAAAGGCUACAAAUGGAACAUGACCAGGAGAGGCAAGAAAUGAUGUCCAGGCUUCUGGCCAUGGAGAGCACCCACAAAGUGACCUGUGAGAAAGCAGAGCGAGAGAAGGCUGAGAUGAGCACAGAAAUCUCCAGGCUUCAGAGCAAAAUUAAGGAAAUGCAGCAGGUGGCAUCUCCUCUCUCCAGGCUUCAGAGUGGUGGCCAGGCAAUGGGAGGGGAAGAGGCAGAAGGGAGCAGAGCCAUGUCCCUGCUCCAGCAAGGAGAGCAGCUGCUGGAAGAGAACGGAGGUGUCCUCUUAAGCCUGCAGAGAGCUCAUGAAAGAGCAGUUAAGGAAAAUGUGAAAAUGGCCACUGAAAUUUCUAGAUUGCAACAGAGGCUGCAGAAAUUAGAGCCAGGGUCAGUAAUGUCUUCCUGUUUAGAGGAGCCAACUACUGGAUUUUUUGGAAAUUCUGUGGAACAGACAGAGCCAUUUUUACUACAAAACCAAAUGAAGCAAGUAGAAGGUGUAAGCAUGCAACGCGUCCUAAGUGAGCUGCAGGACCGUGAGGUCCAGGACCUGGGGAGCACGGGGAUGAGCUCUGUUCAGAGACAGGACGUCAAAGUCGAGGAGUCGGAAGCAACAGUGGAGAGUUUUUCUGAGCUUGAAAAUAGUGAGGAGACCAGGACUGAGACCUGGGACCUGAAGAAUGAGGUUUGUCACCUUCAGGAACAACUAAUAAUCUUACGUGCAGACUGCAAUCGAGCUUCUGAAAAGAAACAGGACCUACUUUUUGAUGUUUCUGUGCUAAGAAAGAAGCUGAAGGUGCUUGAGAGAAUCCCCGAGUCUUCUCCCAAGUACAGACUAUUGUAUGAGGAUGCUAGCAGAGAAAACGACUGUCUUCAGGAAGAGCUGAGAGUGAUGGAGACGCGCUAUGACCAAGCACUAGAAAAUAACAAAGAGCUCGCUUCGGAGGUUUUCAGGUUACAGGACGAGCUGAAGAAAGUGGAAGAAGUGACUGCAACGUUCCUCGGCCUGGAGGAGAGUUAUGAUGAGGUCAAAAGAGAGAAUGAGGAGCUGCACGUCCUGGUUCUGCGACUUCAAGGCAAGAUUGAGAAGCUGCAAGACAGAGCAGUGCUGCAGCGCGACUGCUGCUCUGUGCAGGAGGCCCGUGCAGACAGCGUGGCGGAGGAGCCUGGUGAGGACGCACUCGACCUACGUCAGGCCCUGGAGGGUGUGCCACAGGGCGUGAGCGUACACCACAUCGUAGAAGAACAUUACCAAGAAGGCCAGUACCUUGGGCAGGAGCACACUCAGCUCCUGGAAGGAGGAAAAGCACGUGAAAUUGCCUGGCUACACAGAACCGUCCAGACACGUCGAGAAAAGCCCAGAGUACAGAACCAAGUUAGACUGGAGGGAAAGGCUGCUCUCCUCGGCCUUCAGGACAAACGUUUUCAGCAUCAGGCCACCAUAGCAGAGUUAGAACUGGAGAAAAAGAGGCUGCAGGAGCUGACUAGAAAGUUGAGGGAGAGGGUCACCACUUUAGUUAAGCAAAAAGGUGCACCUUCUCAAGGAGAAAAGGAGGAGGAGCUGAAGGCAAUGAUGCACGACCUACAGAUCACGUGCAGUGAGAUGCAGCAGAAGGUGGAACUCCUGAGAUAUGAAUCUGAGAAGCUUCAAGAGGAAAAUUCUAUUUUGAGAAAUGAAAUUACUACUUUAAAUGAAGAGGAUAGCAUUUCUAACCUGAAAUUAGGGAAAUUAAAUGGAUCUCAGGAAGAAAUGUGGCAAAAAAUAGAAACUGUAGAACAGGAAAAAGCUGCAGUUCAGAAGAUGGUUGAAAAUUUAAAGAAACAGAUUUCAGAAUUAAAAACCAAAAACCAACAGUUGGAUUUGGAAAAUACAGAACUUAGCCAAAGGAACUCUCAAAAUCAGAAAGAAUUGCAGGACCUUAAUCACCGUCUGACAGCAAGGCUGCGGCAGAAGGAUAAAGAGCCAGGACACAGUACACUGGAGGAGUGGGAAGAGGAAAAGUCUCGUCUGAGAGAGGAACUGGAGCACUGUAAAGGGCAGUCCUCCACUUUAGUGUCUUCUCUGGAAGCAGAACUUUCUGAAGUUAAAAUACAGACUCAUAUUGUGGAACAGGAAAACCUCCUUCUCAAAGAUGAAUUGGAGAAACUGAGACAACUGCACAGAUGUCCCGAUCUCUCCGACUUGCAGCAGAAAAUUUCUAGUGUUCUGAGCUACAAUGAAAAACUGCUGAAAGAAAAGGAAGCUCUAAGUGAAGAAUUAAAUAGCUGUGUUGAUAAGCUGGCAAAAUUCAAACUCUUAGAGCACAAAAUUGCUACCAUGAAGCAAGAGCAGAGGUCUUGGGAACACCAGAGUGAAAGCUUAAAGUCACAGCUAAUGGCUUCACAGGAAAAGGUUCAGAGUUUAGAAGACACGCUGCAGAACGUAAACCUGCAAAUGUCCCAGAUUAAAUCUGACCUACGAGUGACUCAGCAGGAAAAGGAGGCUUUAAAACAGGAAGUGAUGUCUUUACAUAAGCAACUUCAGAAUGCUGGUGACAAGAACUGGGCCCCAGAAAUAGCCGCCUAUCCAUCAGGAUUCCAUAAGGAGCAGCAAAGGCUGCCUUGGGACAAGCUGGAUCAUCUGAUGAAUGAGGAACAACAGCUGCUUUGGCAAGAGAAUGAGAGAUUCCAAACGGUGGUGCAGAACACUAAAGCAGAACUCACACACUCCCGGGAUAAGGUCCGCCAACUGGAAUCCAACCUUCUUCCCCCCAAGCACCAAAAACAUCUGAACUCAUCAAGUACUGUGAAGCCCAACGAGCAGGAGAAGUCGAGCUUAAAGAGAGAGUGUGAACAGUUUCAAAAGGAACCAUGUCCUACUAGCAGGAAGGUCAGUCAGAUGAAUUCCCUUGAACAAGAAUUAGAAACAAUUCAUUUGGAAAAUGAAGGCCUCAAAAAGAAACAAGUAAAACUGGAUGAGCAGCUAAUGGAGAUGCAGCACCUGCGGGCCCCUGUGAUGCUUAGCCCACGCCCUCACGCCCGGGACCAGCAGCAAGCCUGUCCGGUGGUGCCCCGGGAGCAGCUUCUGCAGCUUCAGCGCCAGCUGCUGCAGGCAGAACGGACAAACCAGCGCCUGCAGGAGGAGCUUGAGAACAGGGCCUCCGAAACCAGCACACCACAGGGAAACCAGGAACAACUGGUAACUGUCAUGGAGGAACGAAUGAUGGAGGUCGAACAGAAAUUGAAACUGGUGAAGAGGCUUCUUCAGGAGAAAGUGAAUCAGCUCAAAGAGCAACUCUGCAAGAAUACGAAAGCAGAUGCGAUGGUGAAAGAUUUGUAUGUUGAAAAUGCCCAAUUACUGAAAGCUCUGGAGAUGACUGAACAGCGACAAAAGACAGCAGAAAAGAAAAAUUACCUCCUAGAAGAGAAGAUUGCCAGCCUCAGUAAUAUAGUCAGGAAUCUGACACCAGCACCAUUGACUUCUACACCUCCCUUGAGGUCAUAGCAAAGCCAAAGGAUACGCUCUUAUUUGUGCACUGUACUGAAAUGGAUGGAACACUUCACUACCUUCUCUCAACAUUUAUUUAUUUUGUUUUUUGUGAAGAAGACCAGCCCUGAGCUAACAUCUGAUGCCAAUCCUCCUCUUUUUUGCUGAGGAAGACUGGCCCUGGGCUAACAUCUGUACCCAUCUUCCUCUACUUUAUAUGGGCUGCUGCCACAGCAUGGCUUAACAAGCGUUGAGUCGGUGCGCGCCCAGGAUCCAAACCGGUGAACCCCGGGCUGCCACAGCGGAGCGCACGCACUUAACCGCUUGUGCCACUGGGCCAGCCCCAACAUUUUUUUUUAAAGAAAGAAAACCACCUUUAAUGGCUUAAAGUGAAGCCUAACCUAAAACUGCCAGCAACAGAGCUGGAGUCUCCAUUCAUUGUAAUUUGUUUUUCUAAAUAGACUGUAAUGAGAAUUGCAAACAAAUAUUCACUGUUCGAAUUAUUCCCAAGUUUUGAAUUUUUUAAAAAUAUUCUAAUAGCCACCAAGAAGGUAGAUAUAUGAUAAUUCAAGAACCUUAAAACCCCAGUUCUAAAUGAGUUUUUAAAAAUCAUUAUUAUGUACAAAUCUAUGUGUAAAUUCCAGAUGAUUCAAGUCUGAGAUCUGAUUAGUUGGUUAUUUUAAUCUUUAUUUUAAAACCAAAUGUAUGCCUUCUGACACAUUUAAAUAUGGAAAGGUCAUUCUGUUUCUAAUAGUCGUGGUUCUCUGAAUUAACUGGUAGACAUUCUGUUUGGUAACAGAAGCCGUGCUCAGUAACCACUGAGGUGGGAACCCGACCCUCUAACACCUGUAUGAUAGUAUCGCCACUCAUGAUGUAUUAACUAAUGUUAAAACUUUUCUUUACGCAGCAUUUUUUUCCUUCUUAGAGGUUUCAUUUGGGAGCUUGUCCUCUAAGAAAUGGAUAAAGCCACAUUCUUACAGCAUUUGAGCUGUAGAGAAAGCAGUGAGCAAACCACUUUGGAGUAAACAGCUACUCUUAGAAGAGAGAAGCGAACUAUGUGGUUUGUAGUUCUCUCGCUCUCAAGUCUUGGAGUUCAUGAACUCACAUUUGAGGUUGCCUCAAGAACUCAGGGAACAAUACUUUAAGCUGUCUUCCUGAAAUACUGUAGGGCCUCUUUAAGAAUUCAAAAUGUAUAAACCAUGUGACCUUAUUUAUUUGUCUUAUAUUUAGAGCCAUAGUGGGAUUUUUAUUUCUACAUUUUUAGUGAAUUUAAUCUACUGAAACAAGGCCUUGAUUUUAGAGUUAAAAACCUCUUCUAACUUAUGGAAGAGUUAUCAUUAUUUGCUUGCUUGUUUAAUAUAGGUCAAAAUUUCCACACUUCCUAUUCCUCUACAUCUCAAAUCUGACCAUAAGAAUUUCUUACUGUGAUAAGCAUUGGCAUGCCAUCUGAGGGAAAGGAGUACCAAAUAGGAUUUUCCAUUCAGUCUCAAGAUCAAAACUUUAUAGAACAGUAAACAUUUUAGAUUGGAUAACUUUCCCCCCCACGUAAAAUCUCUGCUUCUAGCCCACGUCAGCCAGCAGUUGGUGGAGGACUUACUAGAUGCAGGACGCUAACAAAGCUCAUCGCAGCCACCUGUUUGUCUUCGUGGGAGAGCAAUCAGAAAAGAAAAAUUCACUGUGAUGUAUUCCAGGAAGGCCAAACCCAUGGAUUUACAAGAGGUAUAACAGCAUAAUCAAAGACUGCUUUAUGGGCAGGACAAAAGAUGGAGCAAGCUGCCUAAGUCACAUGUCAGAAACUCAAUCUCAACAAAAUAACUUGCAUCAAGGAACUUGAGCUGUUCCUUGGGGCCUAACCGUUUGUUACUAGUCCCACGGCUGACCCAGGAGUCCUUGCUACAAGAGCUGGGACAGGGCAGGGUCAUCUGUGGACUGGGAGUUCACACUCAGGAAGCGGCCCUUUUCAUGUUUGGACAGCUCUUAUCAGCAAAUCCCAAUUUCCCCUGGAAAAAGAAUUAAUUUUAAUCCUUCCCCCUAUAAUUACACUUCAGAAUAGCUGAUAUUUGCUGUCAUGCCUUCCCUAAUCUUUCUUCUCCAGUGCAAACAUUACUAGGAAACUCGACUACUUGUAUGGCAUUGGCUUUAACAGACAAUCUUUUUCACUUACAACUGUGGAUAGGCCUAGACUAAGGUCAUAAGUAAACUAACGUCUGUGGCGUACUUUUGUGAUAUGCUUCAAGGUACUCAAGGUUAUUGCCAUCAGAACUGAACACUAAGUAUAUUUCUCAAAUAGCUGUCUUAGCAUGUGAUCAUGUGUUGUAUUUUAUUUUUUACAUUAUGAAAAGUAUAGGUUAAUUUGUUGUAAAUCUGUAUGUGUAUAUAAAAUGCUGUACAAUUAAUGUAAAUAUGACUUCCUGGAAAGUUUUAGACUACAUUUAGAAUCCCUUUAUCCAAAAUCAAAAUGCCACUCAAAUGAAAGCUAAUUUAACCAACAUCUAGGUGCUUCAUUUCUUGCUUUACUGCACUUAUAAGAUUGGAAGAAAGAUCAACAUGAGAAAUAUAAAGUUACCUUAAAUUUAUACAUUUGUGCAGCAGUUUAUUUUUGUAAACUAGUUUAGAUUGGGAAUCUAACUAGUUUAUAAUAUAGGUUACAGCUUUUAAAAGACCUUUUAAAGAGAUUAAGCUGUUAAAAAUUAAAUGUUUAAGAUUUUGCUUUCAGACUUUAUAAUAGUACUCCUUCAAGUCACCAAGUUAUGCAUUAUUUUAUAGUUAUUUGGCUGCUUGUUUGCACUGGUUGUUAAACUUUAUUUUGAUUUAUUAAGAACAGUUAUUUAAAUUAGUUUUAGAAGAUGGGAUCCUCAUUUCAAGGAAAGAGAAUCAAGUUUGCCUUUGUGAUAAUAAUAGUUGCACUAAGAAAAGGAAAAUGUGGAUGGUAAAACCUACAUUGCUCUGUUUUGCUUUCUUCUGCUUUUUAGAAGCCUGAACUCUCAAGCUCAGAUUUGUGAAGGGAGAGAAGAGAAAGGGGAAGGCUAGAACCACCACAGUAUUUUAUUUAUUUUUUCUAAAACUCUUAAUAAAUCUAGAUUUUAAAAACUAUUUUAAACAUCAGUCCUUCCCAGAAGCUUCCAAUGCAUUGCUUAUGCAUUUGAUGUGAAGCAUAUUUUACAUAAAUAGAUCACAAAGUCGUGGGCUGUCAAGGUGGAAGAGGAGCUCUUGCAGGUCUAGCAUUUCAAUGAUGUACCAGUACCCAGGGCAGGUAUUAUUAUGGGGAACUUUUUUUUUUGAAGAAUGAAUAAGGCUUUAUGGCAGAUUUUAACAUGUGAGAAUGAAUUUUUUAUUUUUCUGAUUUCUUUCUUUUUGUCUGAGGAAGGGAAAAGAGAAAUGUGUUGCUAUUGUCAGCAUCUUCAGGGUACUCCCAGUCAAGUCCAGGCUAGGUGCUUUGUGACAGUAUUAAGCAAGUCUGGUUUUGAAUGGAUUACCUGUAAUGACUCAUUGGAAUGAUAUAAUUAUACAAGUAAUGCCAAAACCAAGUCAGAGCCUAAUAACCAAAGCAUUCCAUAUUUAAAACUUAUUCAUGAUGUCGUGUUUGGACCUAUUUGAACUGUAAAACGGUUUUGGUUUUAUGGCAUAUGGAUAGCUGUUUAAUAAUAAAUCCAAGUUAGCUUUUUGUUUCUCAGCUUUUUUGAAUGAUUUAAGUUAAAUUUAUUCUUGUGAGAAGACAUUAUCACAGCAUGAUUUAAGGGAACAUGGGUUUUGUGAAGGAAAACCUGAGUUCAUCUAAAGCCAUCUCUAGGAUUCUUUUCAGAUAAAGAUUACUGUGUAUGUGUUUAUAGUGACUUUGUAUAUUUCUUCUUAGCCAUUCUAUUCUAGAAAGAUUUUAAUAUGAGCUUAAAAUGUAAAUAAAUAAUUUUGCAAACA